AUGUCUGGUAGCCCGGUCUUCCACGUCAAGUACAAUUGGUGCGAGUGUGAGGAGCACAAAGAUGCCUCAUACUCGUACGAUCAGUUGUUCUUGGAUGUGGUUCGCGGACGCCAAGCCAAGCUCAACUACGAGACAGUGGACAACGUGUUCCACGUCUACGUCAACUUCCAUGGUCCAUGUGCGGACUGCGAGCGCGAGGCGAUCGAGACUGCCAAGGCCGAGGAGGCUGAGAAGGGCUCCGCUGCCAAGUAA